AUGAAGCAGAAAAGAGGAGAGACUAAAGACGUUGUGAUUUCAACUUCUAAGACGGAAAUUGAAGGGGUUCAUGUUUCUCCUAUAGUUGUAGUGGUUGAGGAUCAUGAUCAGCUACAUCAUGUGGAAGUUGAAACACAAUCUAUCCAUGAAGAAGAUGAUGAAGAUCUUAAUGAUGAUGUGGAGUUUUUGAAAGAGAUAGAUUUUACCGGGAUCAAUGAUGAUAUCCCUACAAACAUUGAACUCGAUCUUGACGAUGACGAGUUUGGUCCAUUUCCGGGGUUUGACAGUGACUGUUUUAGAAAGGUCAAUGAAGAUGCUUCUUCAGCAAUCAAGACUGGGGAAGACAGUAAUGUUCUCAAGAUUUUGCUCUCCUCUUCCAAGCCUUUGGAGAUUUCUUCAGGUCAAAGAGAUGUGAAUUCAAAGAUUCUUCCCCGUGUUUCAACUGUCUCUACUUCUGCUCCGCUUGUUGUUGAAUCAUCUCAGCCCCAAACCUCCCAGUCUUCCUUGGAAAGAAGUCAAUCAAAUACGAGUUUGGAGGUGCCCAUUGUCAUCCAUGCACCUCAGAAUAUUCUCCUAAUAGAACCUCACUGGAUGAAGCCUCAAUCAGAUUGGCUAAGCACCUUGCUCAACACAGUCCAACCUCUUCCUCUCGUGGCAAAGGUAUAUCUUUCAGAGAAGGACAUUCAGAACGUUCUGUAUGAUGCUUUCAGGGAUAAAGUUAAUGCGUUAUUUCAGCAUCCGCACAGAAUUGAGGAUCCUCCCAUAGCCCCCACACAAUCUACUUCUGUCAACCUUCCAGUUGAUCCACAUCCUCCUAGAACAACUACAGUUGUCAAUAGAUUUGAGAAAGAACCCGAAGGCAGCAGAGCCCGCAUCACAAUCAAACAGGGAAAGAGGACUAUUAUGGCUAACAAAAGAGAAGGGUUACUCUUCAUGAAAAAUUCAAACGAGAAUCACAAAGCCAAAGACCCUAUGCUAAUAGUGACUGAUCUCAAAAAGAGAAAAUUUGGUGAUGAGUUCGGAGAUAGAUCUGGAAUUCGAAUGUGGGCCUUUGAUCCCGAGUCAGGCAUGUGGGUUUUGAAAAGGAAUUCAGGAAUUCCUGAGUACUACAAGAGCACACAUGAUUUUAACUCGUGGACCCAAGUGGAUGUUGUUGAACCUUUGAGAGCCUUAUUCCAUAAUCCCUCUGAAGAUCCCAGCACGACAAACUUCAAAAGAUUUCUUGAUAGACAGGUCAAAGAAAACUUUCCAAAAAUGAAGACUACAAGAGCUUUAUAUAGAAAAGAUAAAGAUAUUCUAGAUCCUGAAUCAGGCGAGCCUAUGAAGAUUAUUCUUUGGCUUGCGACUAAACAGUAG